GGGAUCACCAAACACCAGCGAAAAUACAUAUAUAAAAUUGGAAAACCAUUCUUUUGACAUAAUAUCCUCUAUUGUUACCUUCAGCCUACACAAACACAAAUCAACAAGCCACUCAAUAUUCCUGGCAUCAUUAUUUCAUCAAAUAUCAGAGCUACACUUAAGCGCCCAGACACAAACCAUCCAUUAUUUAUUUCCAUCAACAACAAGAACAUAAAACUAUUACAACAAUGUUUGUCGAACACAGCGGCCCAAGAGCAGACAGAAUCCUCAGUGCAGACGUGUCAAUGAGAGAAAACACGCGACUUUUUAGUCCAAAGAGUCUGAGCUCUAGCUUCAAGAUACACGCUUCGCCAAAAAGAAGAAAUUCAGAAGAUUUUGAUCAUAUGAAACGUACAAAGAGUGAUGAGUUAGAACUUGUCAAAUUGAAACAUGAUAAUGAUAUCACUUCAUGUCACGGUAAUGAUUGGCCAGUCUUUAUACACCCAGAAGGUGGUUACAUUCAACAAUCUCCUUAUGGAUUCAUUCAUAUAGUUAAAGAUGAAAAUUCAGAAAGAUCUUCAAUUGAUAAUACCAUUAAUUUGGAAACAUUUACUACAAAAUUACCAGCAUUAAAAGCAAAUACACCACAAAAGAAAUCCACAAAGCAAAAAAUCCCAUUACCAUAUUCAAGAUUACCAUUACCAUAUUCUCCAUCUGGUGAAAUUGAAAAUUACAUGGUUGAAGGUUACGAAGAAGAACACAAUAAAAGUUACGAUCAUCACAAAGAAGAUAUUGUUAAUGUUAACUACAACCUUUACGAUCAACACACUGAAGAUGCACAUCUGGAGAAUGAAAAGAGUGAAGAUUUUGAUAUGAUUUUAUGAAUACACUUUACC